GACAGAAAAACGGAUAGACAGAUGGAUGUGAUCAACAACGAUACCACAUUGGGAUUAUAGCAAUUUUCAUAGAUCCACAGGAAGGAAGUAAAGCUGAAGGAGGACAAACUUGCGGAAACUAACUAGCUACUACGGACUGACUGCAGGAUUGAAGGAAGAGGAGAGAGAAAGAGGGCAGAACGGAUAAACUAAACACAGUUUGAGGAGAUCACUUUGAACAAGUGAAUAGACUUUGUUUCCGUCUGUCUGCUGCCAGGCCCCAGACCUGCUAGACCCGAGUUGCGGGUGCACACUAACACAGAGUAAUUUUCUCAGCGUCAGCCAGUUGACCGGUGAAGUCAGCGCCGUAGGGAAGAUUGGCGAUGAUCCGCUUUCGGCUUUGCCAGAAGUGUCAGGGCCAUUGCCGUUAGAGCUCAUUGUGUUUGCAGUGGCACAGAGAGUGAGAGAGAGAGCAGGCAGGGUGUAGUAAUCUAAGGAUGACACCCGCACUUUAUUCCAUUAGAUAGUGCUCAGUGAGGUGUGUGGCGCAGCUUGUCACGCUUUGUUUCUGCACUACAAACACACACACAGAUUAAACACACAUACUUACACAUACAAACAUACAAGAGCAACACAGUCCCAGAGACUGACGAUGCAUUGGGUCCUGACAAUCAGCGGAACUCUGUCCGGACCUUAAACACAGAAGGCUUUCAGAUCAGUGUGUAUGAGUGAGUGUGUAUCUGGAGUGCACCCAGGCACUGACUGCACCCAGUGGAGCAUGUUGGAAAGGAAACGUUAGGCAGGUCGAUGCUGCACGAUUAUACCGUCUGAUAGCCUGUGAUUAUUCUGAGGAGUCUAAAAUUACCAUGUAAAAUCACUGUCCAUUUACUCUACAGUGUAUACAUGAUAGCAUAUCAAAAGAGUUCUAGCAUUCAAGCGAAUAAUGGUAGAUACCUUGUGAGAGUAAUGUGCAAGUCUCUGGGGUAAAAUAGCAGACCAAAAAGUGUAAUAUCUGAAACUAAAGCGUCUGACUGCAGUUUGCUCAACCCCUUGCAAGUUGGUUAUUCUACACAGGGCAAGCACUUGCACUCUCUAUCUUUAUAGAGCAGCACUCAAGCUCAAUGGAUUUUAUUUAACCUUAGCUAUCUCCAGAUGAGUUGCAAGAUAGUGUCUCCAUCUCUCCAGAGGCCUGGCCAGUUUGGUGAUAGCUCAAAGGAACAUUGACUCCUACUUGCCGAUUUGUCGGGUGAGAAGUGCAAAAAAAACUUAUUUGACUCAUUAAAAUACAAUCUGUUCGAGAAUGAACAUUGUUGCCCCAGAUUUCUCUGUCCCCGAGGGCACAGCAAUGUAGGUAGCUCUGUUUCAAAAGUAAGCAUUCAGUCAACAUCAGUAGAGAUAAACUUGACUUGCUUUGGAACAGUUUCUCAACCUGUAUCUGACUGAAAUAUAGUAUUAUUGAUGUUUUCUGUUCCUUGGAGGAGUGUGGUUUGACCUACAGGAGACAAGCCUGUUGUUGUGGUUAAUUUUGUGGCUGAUUGUUCAGGUGCCUGGUGCUCAGAACUAGCUUAGCUCUGAGUUUGACACUGCAGUGUACAGGGAUGUCAGGGAUGAGCUAAUUAAGUUGUCCCUCGUUUGGUUAAUUGCAUAGCUGCCAUUACUGAAUACCCUUGCUGGUAAAGAACACAGUAUUGCAGGUAUGCUUUGGUCCCUUUUGGUAUUGGUUUUCUGGUUUAUUGAUCUCAGAGUCUUGGGCUUUGGUCUCAGGAGGCUCAGAGCACUGUGGUAGAAAAUAGCUAGCCUAACAGUGUUUGCAUUGUUGCCAUUUUGUUUAGUUGGGACUGGGCUCCUGUACUGCAUUGUAGCAGCAAAGCUUCUGCACUGUAUGGAUUUAAGACAACACAUGUCGUAAGUUCUUUCUAAGCAGCACAAGGUGCUUAAGUCAACAGUGGAAUUUUUUGGUGCUCUAAGCUCAUCUCUGUAUGCAUUGUGAUAUUGUGUCUAUAUCACUAGCUCCGAUAACGCCCUGAGCUUUGGCCAAACUUCUGUGCAUUGCGUGCAAGCUGUGACUACAAUUCAGUUACAUGCGAUCUAGCAGCUAAAACAGUUUGCUUGCAUGUGUUGUGAUGCAGUGUAGCACAUAAGAGUCCUUUCUUUAAGUGUUGUCCUCAAACAACAACUUCUGUCUGAUUGCAUUGAAGUAAAGCUGGGCAGUUAGCGUGUGCACGUGUCUGCAGCAUUGGAGUUGAGAACAAAUCAGAGUGUGUGUGUAUGGACUAGUUUGUCUGUAGCAGUGCAGGCAGGGUCACAGAGGAGCCAUUGAUCAAACGUGCACAUCCACACACACACACACACACACACACACAGCUUCUCAAUACACAAUGAGGCCUGUCCGGAGCUCUGUCCUCUGCCGCUUCCUCCCUGCCCCCUUCUCUCUGGCCCUGCGCAACCUGGUCUUGGUCCUGCUCUGCAUCACUCCCCACUGUCAGGCGGUGCAGGCAGAGAAUGUGACAGUUUUGGAGGGAGGUACGGCCCAGAUCUCCUGCCGCCUGCAGAACUAUGAUGGAUCAAUCGUGGUCAUCCAGAAUCCCCGCCGACAGACCCUCUUCUUCAACGGCACGCGAGCCCUGAAGGACGACCGUUUCCAGAUGGUGCUCUUCACGCCACGGCUGGUACGCAUCACGUUGACCAACGUCAGCGUGUCGGAUGAGGGCGGCUACUUCUGCCAGCUCUACACAGAUGCCACGCACCACCAGGUGGCGACGCUCUCUGUUUUGGUGCCCCCGGAGACGCCCACGGUGGAGGUGAAGCAGGAGGCCGUGGAGGGCGGCGAGGUGGAGCUCACCUGUGUGUCGCCGCGCAGCAAGCCGGCCGCCACCCUGCGCUGGAUUCGUAAUGGCCGGGAGAUACCAGGUGUGGUAUCCCAGCAGGACAACGGGAAGACGUUUAGUGUGUCUAGUACCAUCCGAAUCCCAGUAGAAAGGAAAGACAACGGGGCAGCGCUGAGCUGCGAGGCAUUCCACCCGGCACUUAGCGGGCAGAAGAGGAUUCGACACUAUCGCCUGGAUGUGUAUUUUGCACCUACAGUGAGAAUUGUUCCUCCUUCUGGCAUUUUGCGAGAGGGCGACUCGCUCAGCCUCACCUGCUCCUUCACUGGGAACCCUCUGCCCAGGAACAUUCAGUGGUCCAAGAUUAAUGACACCUUACCUGAGAGGGCAGAGUUAUCUGGCCCCACCCUUCAGAUUUCCCGUCUCAGCCAAUCACACAAUGGGACGUACUUGUGCCAGGCCCAGAACAACUACGGACGUGCUGCUGAUCAUUACACCCUAUUGGUGUAUGAUAAUGUGUCAGUCACUACCAUGGUCCCUCCCACUCCUACCACCCAACCAAUAACCUCCCAUCCUACUACCCCAACCCUCACAACACACAGCUUCGCCCUGGACCCAAAAGAUCCCGGUGCAGUGGUAGAGACUCACAGUGCAGUACCAUAUGCAGUGAUAGGUGGCGUUCUGGCACUGCUGGUUUUCACCAUUAUCUGUGUCCUCAUUGUCACCAUCUGGUGCUCUGUCCGACAGAAAGGUUCCUAUCUUACCCAUGAGGCCAGUGGGUUGGAUGAACAUGGUGAGGUGCAGGAGGCCUUCCUCAAUGGGAACGACGCCAGCCAGGGCAAGAAGGAGUACCUACUGUAGCCCUUCUCCUUCCCUAUCCCCUUCUGACCUCAUCCCUCUUUCUCUUACUCUCCCUGUAUUUCACCUUAUAUACAGUAUACACACACACAAACACACACAUACACUUCUAUACAAUGCGCCAUAACAGGCGGCCUUCUGAAAACGACUGUGUACAGAUACUGCACACAGCCAAUCCAUCCCACUCCAUUCCACUCCAUAUCCUCCUUACACACUCAUACCCAGAGACAGAUUCAGAAAAAGAGAGCCUAUAGACCCACCAGCCAUUAACGACUGUGCCAUAUACUGUAAGUCGGAGAAACUGGGGAAAAUGCAGACCGCGAGGGUGGUGGGAAGAGAGGGUGAGGUGAAUGUAGACAAAAACUAAAUGACGCCAUAAUUAUUUUGAUCGAGGGAAGCGGGGAGCACAAAGAAAACAGGCACUCUGCCCAUGCAGCCGCCAAAGUGGAAGGGGAAUUAGAGGCAGAUGACUGCUAUAAUUCCAUGCCUGGAAAAAACCAUCCAUUUCACAAUGCUCAAUCUUUAACUGGCGGACACAGUGGGAGCAGUGUGCAAGGAGGGAGGGCGAACUGAGGAGGGUGGGAGAGUUGAUCUGGAGCUAUUGAGCAGUAGACACUAGAAAAUUGAAAUUUUUACAAUUGCCAAAGCAUCUUGCCUACAGAGCGCAACUCAUAUAUAAUUCCCUAACAACACUGGAGUGUGUAAACCCAGAGUCCCGGGACGUAUCCAUACUUUAUGAACAAGCUAACUGUCCUGUUUUGCUAUCCCAGUUGGGUGGCCUGCCAAUAAUUUGUGAAAAAAAUGUGCUUUUAGUCAUUUGUUUUCCUCUCGCUGCAACAGUGCAGAAAAGGUGGUUCUCUUUCCUUUUGACUCUCCAUCUCCUCCUUCCUCUCCAUUCACCUGUUACCAUCCUCUCCCCUCUCCCUUAUAUCUCUCUUUCUCUCUGUCUGCCCCCCUUUAUCGUUCCUCCUUUGUUGGCUCCUAAUAAUGAAAGGAUUAGUGUUGGGCUGCGUUCCUGACAAAGAAGAAAGGAAUAUGACUUGCUAAGGCAUUAAAGAAAAGCUUAAUUAUUUUAGAAUGUCAUUAAGAGGAUAAAAAGGUUUAAAAGUCGUAAUAAGAAGGGCAAGGGGAGUGAUAGCAAAAGGAAUGAAUGAGAAAAUACAAUGGAUGGAUAUUUUUUCUGAAUGCUACCACACAUAUGCAGAUACAUGCACACAUUCAUACAUACAGUAAACAUGUUGACAGAACAAGUAUACAUAUCUCUGAAUUCCUUAUUUGUAUAAAAAAGAACAGCAACAUAAAUUAAAGGAAACUUUUAAGAAAUAAGAAAACUGUUUACUAUUGAAGCGCAUUAUGAAGCAACUAUACUAACACAGAAUAUUAGCCUAUAGAGGUGCAAAGCCGAACAAACUACUGUCCAGUGAUCUUUAAAGAAAAUAAAGAAAAGGAUAAAAAAAAUCAUUUGUCUUUAUGAUAAACCAGAGGUCUAAUUGAUUUUUUUUUAUUAAUUAUUAUUAUUAUUUGAACAAUUAUGAUUGUUGUUAAUGUUAUUAUUAUUGCCGUUGUUAUUAUUACAAUUGUAAAUGUUCAAGAAAUGUACACUUCCCAUGGUUUGUUUUUGGUUCUACUGUAGAGAAAUUGCUGUCUUUUUUCACUCUUACCUUUCCUCUCUUUCCCAGUCUUUCUCUCUCUUCGUCUCCUGUGCCUAGUCGUCUCUUCUCCUGUCUUUCACUCUUGUUUAUUUUAGAGUCCAUGUGUCAUUGUUGAUAAAUAGCUAACUAUUUCUUUAUAGGGGAAAGAUACAAAGCACGACAAAAUAAAAAAGAAUCCAAAAAUAA